AUGAUGAUGGACCACACGUUGCCGCAAUUGCCUCCAGUCUUUGACGCAACCGCAGACACAAUUGUAUCUGAUGCGGAAGCUGUCAUUAAAAGGACCAAUAACGUUUGGAAUAAAAUUUGUGCAAACAUAAGCACCAGUGACGCAACUUUCGACAACGCCAUUCUUCCCAUUAUUCGCGAUGAAAAUGUCAAGCUCGUUUGCACGCGACUCAUAGCCUUCUAUCCCAGCGUUGCGACAUCCAAAGCUCUACGUGAAGCAGCUCGUGAGGCAACCAAGCUUCUCAACGCGAGCGACAUUGUGCUUUACUCCCGCGUUGACAUGUUUCAGCUUGUGAAUUCUGUCAAUUUGAAAGCACAAAAUGGCGUCGUAGAUUUGGACCCUGAAUCCCGCCAUUAUCUGGCCAAACUACGUCGCAAAUUCAUCGAAAAUGGAUGCAACAUCGAUGAUCCAAAUUUAAAGCACAAAUUCUCCUUGAAACUGACAGAGCUCAAAAGAAUCAAUAGCCAAGUUAGCCAAAACUUCCAUGAAGAAACAGCAGGCGUCUGGUUCACAAAGGAAGAAUUGGCUGGCGUUCCAGAAUCUCUCAUGGGUCGAUUUAGAAGGGGUUCGGGUGAGUAUGAAGAUCGGUACUGGGUUUCUACCAAGACACCAUUUAGUACGCCGGUCCUGCGGUAUGCAGAUCUAGAAGAAACGAGGAAGAAGAUAUUCUAUGCCGUGAAAAACAGACUCCCCGAAAAUGUGAGCCUCUUUCGGCAGCUCGUUUUGCUUCGAGAUGAGAUUGCACGAAUGCUCGGCUAUGCCCAUCAUUUAGCGUUCACUACAUCUCAAAAGGCAGCUCAGACCCCAGAGUUUGUGUACUCUUUGCUCAAUGAGCUCAGGGAGAAAAUAGAACCGGCCGCCGCACAGAAUGCCCAAGAACUUCUGCAACUCAAAAUAGCGACACUUGGUCAAGACAAUGUGUCCAGUGAUGAAGUAAAGCUGUGUCUGUGGGACCAAAUGUAUUUUGCUAACAAGCAAAUGGAUGACAUCAGGCCGAAUCAAGAAAGAGUGUCGCAAUACUUCGAGCUCUACCAUACACUCGAGCGUAUUCUCAACAUACUUGGUGGUCUUUUGGAUACUCGCCUUGAACUCAUCACUGUAGAGCGUCAGGCUCAAAUUGGAGCGGGCCGGCCGCUCACAUGGCAUGAAGAUGUUCUAUUAUACGCCGUCUGGGACACCAGAGAUGAAGCUUUUCUGGGCUACGCAUACGUUGACCUCUUCUCCCGCGACGGGAAAUAUACGCAUAAUGGACAUUAUGCUCUCAAUUGGGGAUUCGACCACCCGGAUAACUCCAAGUUUUACCCAUCCUCAGCUUUGGUCAUGAACCUGAGCAAGCCGACUGCAACUAGCCCAACACUGUUGACCAUGGAUAAUCUGCGCAUGUUGUUCCAUGAGCUGGGCCACUUGCACCACAGUCUCCUAACAAAGACAAAAUACGCAUCCCUUUGCCAAGUUGAUCGUGAUUUCGUCGAAGUGCCAAGCAUAAUGCUUGAACAGUUUCUCUGGCUGGAAGGUCCUAUCAAAGAGCUAUCGUAUCACUAUUCUUACAUCUCACCACAGAUGGAAGUUGCCUGGCUCACGACUCACGGCUCGGUGGAAAGGCCACCUGAGAAACUUACUGAUGCAGAGGCAGCUGCACUAGCCGUUCAAGAUCCAAGAAGCAACGUCAGAGCCGAGCUGACCCAAUUGUUCUUUGCGUCAUACGAUGUUCUGGUUCAUGCACCAGAAUCUCAUGAACAGCUUGAGAGAAUGAAUCUGACAGAGGAAUUCAACAAACUGCAAGUCUCCAUUCGUCGACUUCAUGGCGGAGAGGCAUGCGGUGACGGAUGGGAAUGGAGUCACGGCGAGUCUGUAUUCAGAGCAAUAUCUGGUAGUUAUAGCGGAGGGUACUAUGCAUACAUUAUAGGCAAAGCUUGGGGUUUGGAUAUUUUCGUCAACUGUUUCAAAAGGGAUAUCAACAACAAAGAAGCUGCUCGACGGUAUAGAGACCUGUUAUUAGCACGAGGUGGGCGACAGCCGGAGUUACAGACAUUCGAGGACUUUGUUGGUCGGGGACCGAAAUUGGAUGCGUUUUUCUCUUGGUUGGGGGUAUAG